AUGGAUCCUCAAGAAACACCUGCUGUGCCCUGCUGCUCCUCCAACUUGGAACGCACCACAGGGUGUGAGAUCGGAUCCCCAUGGGGGGCUGAACUUGUCCCCAGAAGAGCUAUAGUCCGCCAUGACCACAGCCAGAAGCGUGACAUCUCUACCCAAAUCAGAGGCCACAAGCGUUUCUGCAUCUUCCGGGCCUGCAAGUGUCACAAUUGUGCCCUCUUCUUGGAAUAUCGCCGGGUCUUGCCUGCUGUGAGUGCCUUGAAGGAGGAGCAGAGGGCAGCGCUAAAGAGGCACCUGGCUCGAAGACUGAAAAGGAGUGUGGCAGCCCCUGCCAAAGCUCACAUCCCUGUCAAGAAUUUGGGCAUCAAAGGAGUCCUCACUGGGAAGGUGGACAUUGUGCCUCAGCCUGAGGCCCACCCCCACACAACCCCCGAGGAGGAGAGCUCCCAAGGGGCUCUGCUCCUCGGCCAGCCCCCAGAACCUCUGUCUCUGCCCUGCACUCCAGUGACCUUGGAGCAGCAACCGAUGGCUUCUCUUUCUAGGCAGCCCCACGGGUCACCUGUCCUGUGCAGCAGAUGCUCAGCGCUGAUCCUGCAGCCCAGUGCCACCCUUGACUCUCUUCUACUGCAGUCACAGGCCGCUACAGCCUCCGACCAGGCUUUGGCUUCUGCCUCCUCAGAGUGGCAGCAGAAGCUGGAGGCUGUCGAGGCUCUGCUGAGUCUGAGACACUCUUUUCAGACCCCUUCUGACUCCAUCUCCCUCCACCAGGCCUGUGACCCACCAGCUUCUGCUGAAGAAAGAGGACUCCAGCCUCCCAGUCGCUCUAUCGGACCCAGGCCAGACAGCUCCACCUCACUGUCUAUUGGAUAUCUGAGAUGCAUCUCCCUCUUGCGCUAG